AUGCGCAUUUCUCUCAUUUCUUUAGCAGCCUCUUUGGUGGCGCCGGCUUUGGCCCUCUCAGCCAGCCGUUGCACGCCAGAGACAUUCACUCCUUACCUGACAUCCAAUGCUUCCUUGGUCUAUGCCGUGCCAUAUAGCCCCAAUGACACAUUUGUUGGUCCCAUGAGUAACUAUAGUGGGUUACCUGAAUAUUGCGCCGUCUACGUCAACAUUUCCUCGUCCAGCUCCUCUUCUUACGAGUUCGGCCUCUGGCUGCCAACUACGACAUGGAACAAGCGCUACAUCGCCUACGGAAAUGGUGGCUUCACUGGACAGAUUGCCUUUGACGAUAUGGCACCUGGUCUCUUCUAUGGAUUUGCGACAGUCUCGACCAACACGGGACACAACUCGACGGUUCAUGAAGCUGGUGAUGCCCAGUGGGCUCUCAAUGCCCCUGAAGUCCGAACCGAUUGGGGCUGGCGUGCUCUCCAUGGCAGUGUCGCCAUGGGGAAGAUACUGACCGAAGCUUUCUACAGCGAGGAUAUCAAGUACUCUUACUACUCGGGCUGUUCCACUGGAGGUCGCCAGGGAUUGAAGUCUCUCCAGAUGUUCCCCGAGGACUUUGACGGUGUUCUGGCUGGUGCUUGUGCCUGGUGGACAAGCCACAUGCAGAACUGGGAUUUGAAGGUGGCCACCUACAAUCUGCCCAACAACGCCAGUCACCACAUCACUGAGGAACUGAUGGACGUGCUGGGAGCUGAGGUUCUCCGCCAGUGUGAUGCCGUAGACGGCCUGAAGGACAACAUUAUCACGAAUGGAUAUGCCUGCGAUUUCCGUCCCGAAACCCUACUGUGCGACAGCCCAACAGCCAACACUAGCACUUGCUUCAACGCCGACCAGAUCGAUACCGUGAAAAAGAUUUACGGUGGCUGGAUAGAUGUCAAUCAGACCUUUGUUUUCCCUUCCAUCGCAUAUGGAGCCGAGUCUCAGUUGGCCCAGAUGAUCAUGACCGACGACGACGAGCAGGACUCCCCCAGUGGCAUCGCCUACCCCCGCGACUUCAUCUACAACGACCCCGACUGGCCCUGGCAGAACCUGGAUCUGGAGACUAUCCAGCUAUCCGAUAAGCUCGACCCGGGCAAUGCUACCGCCGAUGACUUCGACCUCCGUCCCUUCAUGAAGCGCGGUGGCAAACUCAUUCACUACCAUGGCUUCGCGGACGGCGAAAUCCCCACUAGUUCCAGUAUCUACUUCUACAACCAAGUUUUGAAGACCUUGAAGCCUCUCGGCGUUGAUCUGGACCAGUUCUACCGCUUCUACCUGAUUCCCGGUAUGGAGCACUGUCUUGACUCGGUGCACGAUGCUCCCUGGUACAUUGCUUCCGCCAACCAGCCCAGUGGCCUCACUGCGACCAACACUUGGAGUGUUCCUGGCUUCAAGGACCGCAAGCACGAUGCGCUCAUGGCCCUGAUGUCCUGGGUGGAGAAUGGCACAUCGCCCACGGAGCUGAUUGCCACCAAGUUUGUUGACGAUAACCCUACUCUGGGUGUUCAAGCUCAGCGUCCUCUGUGCCCUUAUCCCCAGGAGGCCAAGUAUACUGGUGGUGACUGGAACACUACUAGUGCUUUUACUUGUACCAAAACCUAG